AUGUGUCUCUUGUGCCUUGCCGAGUCCCUUUCGGGAGCCUCAUGCGCACAGCCUCCUCGAGUGCUCCCUGGUGAGGCAUGCAUCGAUCGCAUACUGCAGUCUGGCCCUCAGGAUCUUCUUCUCUGCCACGAGCCGUUUGUAGUAAAGGUGAGCAAUGUCCCGAGCUCCGGCUUCGCCUUCUUCUCUGAACAGCGAGUCAAUUCGCUCACGGACAGGCUGAAGACGCCUCGACUCCGGGAACUCAUUGAAACCCUGGAUGAUCUCAUCGUGGAGCGGCUCAGUGUCAAGAACAAUUCUCGCUGGAGCCCCAUCCACUUUAGGAAGCCAACGCACACCGCACCACUCUCGUCGGAAGAAGUGCACUUAUUCGUUCAAGCAUACUUCACACGGGUUCACCCUCUUCAUCCGUUCCUCGAUAGGCAACAGUUCCAAGAUCAGGUUUUGAGCCCCGGCCUUGACCAGCUUCUCAUAGAUAGCCCGGCAUUUUCUGCACUCUACCAUGCUGUAAUGGCGUUGGGAAGUCAGUAUUGCCAAGAGGGCAGUUUCGAGCCUGGGGUUGGCAAGGCAUGGGAACUGUUCCAGAUGUCCCUGGGACACAUGGCGGACCUCAUUGCUCCAAGGGAGUCGUUUGAAAGUCUCCAGGCGUUGACCGCCAUGUCCAUAUUCGCGAACAAUGUCUGCUGUAUCCAACUCGAGGCCAGGCUAGUUUCUCAGGCCGCACGGAUAGCAGAGGGCCUGCGGUAUCACAAGUCCUCCCACGCUCAACCUGUUCACCUAAAAACCUUUUGGGUCAUCUACGCAAUUGAAAAGCAGAUCAGCUUCCAAAACCGGAUCAACUCGAUAAUCUCUGAUGACGACAUCGGCUGCAUGGUUCCUGCGACUCCGGAAUCGCAUUUCGGGGAAUUCAACUGGUUCUUGUCAACAAUCCGCUUUGGACGGCUGUUAACCAUUGCGUACCAGUCCCUUUUCUCGUUGAGCGCCUCGCUGCGAUCCGCCGAGUCAUAUCUCGCUGCCAUUCACCACGUCCGUAACCUGCUGGAGCAGUGGAGGCUGUCCAUCCCCGCCGAGUACCAGCCCGGUGGCUCCACGCAUUUUGGAAACGUGUUCGAUCCCAAUGAGACACUAGUUGCCCUCCAGACGCAUUUCUCAUAUUACCAUCUUCUUAUUGGUCUCGAGCGGCUGACCCUCCAUCUUGAUAAGGAGGAAGGCCCAAGGAAACAGGAGAGCAGGCUGAGAUUGAUGAAUACAGCUAAAGCCAUCGUUGAACUGACUCGAUUCAUCGACUUAGAACCUCACGUGCCCUUAUUGUAA